GUUCGUAGGCAAACAUCGCCAGCCAUUUAGUGCACAAAGCAGUUCGCUUGCUUUCUUUAGGCGCGCGGCAGUUUUUGUGCGUUCUAUAAACAAUAUUUGCGUAACCGUUGAGUUGGUAAUUAAAAUAAAUAGUGGAAAUAACUUUAAUUAAAAAAAAAAACAUUUUUUAUAUUCAGAUAUAUUUCUAUGAAAAACGUAAGCCUACCGCUCCGAGAGAGUUUCCACAAACAGACCAAACGUAACAUGUUCUACUCAAUGUACUGCUACCUAUCGAAUAUUCCACGCUGGCAUGCACUGGCUUUUGCGCUGGGUGCAUACGUAGUCUACUACUUUAUACAGGUGGUUAAGCGUCCAAUACUUGCCUGUGCCGAUGGCCCGUUCAAAGAGUUCCUACAGCGUAACGUGCCAACGUUAGAAAUGAAAUUUUGGCCCACAUUCUGGUGUGUGGAGAGUCGAGCGCAAACUGUUUUUGCGAGUAUACUAAGAUCGCAAAUUAUUCCCAAUAUUAACUAUAGAAGAGAAAUUCUUACACUGAAAGAUGGCGGUGAGGUCGCCUUGGAUUGGCUGGAAGAAAACUGUGGUGAUGAUGCGCCCUGCAUUAUUAUUCUGCCCGGUUUGACAGGAGAAUCGCAAGCAGAGUACAUAAAAUGCCUUGUCAUAGCCGCAAAUAAUGUGGGUAUGCGUGUAGUUGUGUUCAACAACCGUGGUUUGGGUGGCAUAGAACUCAAAACACCACGUCUUUAUUGUGCCUCGAACUGUGAAGAUCUGUCCGAAGUUGUGCGCCAUGUAAGAAAAACCAUACCGACGCAUUGUAAACUGGGUGCAACCGGUAUUUCGAUGGGUGGCUUGAUUUUAGGAAAUUACCUCGUACGUAAAAGUGAGGAGUCGCGCAAGUGUCUGUCGGCUGCCAAAAUCAUUUCAGUGCCUUGGGAUGUCCAUAAAGGAACUGCUAAUAUAGAAAAACCGAUAUUGAAUAAUUUAUUGGGUCGUCAUUUGGCUAGCAGUCUUUGCCGCACACUCGACAAUUGUAAAAUUUACAAGGAUCAGGAUAUCGAUUUGGAUCGUAUUAUGUCGUGUAAAACAAUAAAGGAAUUCGAUGCAUUAUUCACCUCAAAGCAGUUUGGUUAUGCGCAUGUCGAUGACUAUUACAGCGAUGCAACUCUACACAAUAAAUUGCAUUAUAUAUCGGUGCCUUUACUGUGCUUGAGUGCUGCUGAUGAUCCAUUCCAACCAUUAGACGCCAUUCCUAUUAAAGCCGCCGAAGAGUGUACGCAUGUAGCAAUCGUUGUGACUGCACGCGGUGGGCAUAUCGGUUUCCUAGAAGGUUGGUGGCCCUCACCAAAAGAGCAGUAUAUGGGCCGACUUUUCUCCGAAUUCUUUACAAAAGCACUAUUCGAUGCAGAUGGCCAUUUCGAACGUACACGGGAUGAAUUACACCAACGUUUCGAUGCCAAAAAUAUUGCGCCUCUACAAGCACCAACACCACUGGCAAUUUCCAAAGCUACCACACCGUUACUGAGCGCAGAAGAGUUUGUAGAAAAAUUCAUGGAGAUGUAGUUAGAGCAUAGACUGUUUAUUGAGGACUUCGACAGCGCCAACAAAGGUAACGAAAAAAGUGAUGGACCUUAGUAAUCACGGUUUGGACAAGUGAUGAGGCGUGGCAAGCGAGUUGCGCGUGCCUGGAUGAUAAAGUGCAAUUAAAAAAAUGUGAUUAGUAAAAAAAGGAACAUAUUCUAAAAUUACAUAUCAGUGGAAUUUUGACAAAACUAUAAUAUUUAUUUGACGCUAGUGGUUUUUACUUCUCGAUAAGUAAAUCCUGAUAGAUCAUAGAAAAAUUUAAUACUUCAAUUCAACUAUUAUUAAUACAGGGUGGGCCAUAUAGCGUUUGCUUUUUGAACCACCUAUUUUUUUGAGAAUGUAGCACAAAUGACAUGUCAAAUGUGUUCAUAAUUUACUUAAAGGUUUGAAAUUUACGAAAUGGGACGCCAUACGCUUGAACAAAAUUGGGAAAUAUUGAAAACCUAUUUCCAAAGUGGUGAGUCUUCUUCUUCUUUUCUGAUUUUCACAUCGGUGGCUACGUCCAUAAGCAAAAUUGUCGGAUUUGGGGCUCAGAAAAUCCACACGUUACUGUAGAGAAGCAAAUUCAUCCACAACGAGUCACUGUUUGGUGCGGUUUUUGGUCUGUCGGCAUCAUCGGGCCAUUUUUUUCGAAAAUGAGCGAGGAGCCGCGGUUAUAGUAAAUGGUGAGCAUUACCGUGACAUGCUCAACGAGUUGUUUCCAAAAAUUGAAGAGGAUGACAUGGACGACAUUUGGUUUCAACAGGACGCUGCAACUUGUCACACUGCCAAAGUUACACUCGAACUCUUGGCUACCGUUUUUGAAAACCGAGUAAUCAGCCGAAAUUCCGAUAUCAAUUGGCCGCCUCGGAGCUGUGAUUUAAGCCCGUUGGACUAUUUUUUGUGGGGAGCCGUUAAGGACAAAUGCUAUGCGAACCAUCCAGAGACGAUUGAUGCUUUAAAACACGAAAUCGAAGUUGUCAUUCAUGAAAUUGGAGCCCAAACAAUCGAAAAUGUGCUUAAAAAUUGGGUU